AUGGCUAGCGAGACGAAACGCUUUACUCAAAAACGUACAACGUUGAAGACGCAGUUGACCAUCCUCGAAAGAUUAGUUGCAGAAGGAGGGGUCACUGACACGAAUUUAAAAAUGCGUCUAAAACGAGUCUCAGAAUUAUAUCACGCGUACGAGGAGAUGCAGGCGGAAUUCGAAUCGGGAGAACAAUCGAGCGACGCGAACGAGAUUCAAGAUCGAUAUUACCAACUCGCAAGCACCAUCGAAGAUAACAGCAGACCGGCCUCCCGCGCGACCAAUUCAAAUACGAUUCCAACUGAAAAUAACAUCAAACGCAUUAAAUUACCUGUCGCGGAAUUACCUAAAUUUAACGGCGACUUAGAGAAGUGGCUUUCUUUCAAGAACACUUUUAUGACAAUCAUUGAUGCGCGCGAAGAUAUUACAAAUUUACAAAAGUUCCUAUAUUUGCGGGAUUCGCUACAGGGGGAAGCGCUUCGUAAAGUUUCAAUUUUUGACGUGAGUGACGAAAAUUACAAAAAGGCUUGGGAAUUAAUUGGUAAGGCAUACGAUAAGAAACGCGUAUUAAUUUCGAAACAUCUAGACGCAAUUUUUGAAUUAUCGGUGCCGAGCAAAUUUUCGCAUAAGGAUUUAACUAAGCUAGUCGACAACGUACGCCAGCACGUGAAUAUUCUAGAUAAUUUUCAUGCAACGCCGGGUCAACACGCGUUAGUUCGUCUGAUAGAACGGGCGUUACCAUCCGAUGUGCGUAUGGAGUGGGAAAAGACACUCACUUUAGAUGAAUCGCCAUCGCUCGAGCAACUAUACACCUUUUUGUCCGAGACGGCCUUUCGUCUUGCUACAUUAGAAUCAGAUAAUACAAACACCGCUCUCGAUACCUCUCACAAAAGACGGCAUUCCAGAGGGGGGACGUUUCCGACGAAAGCGCGUAGGGAGGAAUCCGGCACGCGUGCUCUCGUCACUAAUGUAUAUCCUAACUGUAUUGUAUGCAAGAAGGACAAACACUCCACGUUUAGAUGUCCUGAAUUCGUCAAAUGGAAUGUAGAUCGCCGGUGGAAUUUUGUAAAAAGAGAAAAGCUGUGUAAAAACUGUCUCCGCUCGCAUCCCGGAUUAUGUCGUUGGCCUCCUUGUAAAUGCUGUAAGAAAUAUGUUAGCAAAUUAUUGCAUAAAUGCGACGCAAAAAAGAGCGCCGCGAAAGGUGAAAAUUCUAAUUCCGUUGAUCAAUCAUCCGACACGAAUAAAGAUAAAUGA